UGUAUUAUCGCCAUAUAGAUACAGUAGGAUUUAUAGUAAACUCAUUUGCAAACUGGAAUUCCACUAUGUUUCUAAUUCAUUGCGAGGCUGCCGUCACUAAUUACGUAAUAAAGCAACAAAAGUACCACUGGGACCUAGCCACUCCUGAUGAUCUCCUUGCUGCGUUAGAUAGCUAUAUCUUGUUGUGUAAUAAAGUGUGUCAAAUGAGAAGGAUUCCGCGGACUCUUCAACAUCAGUGCCGGCAUGCACUUCGAGUGAUGCUUGGAAAGAAGUAUGUAGAUGCCAUAGAGAAAUUCACUCUUUCCAGACAAUUGAAGAACUUCCUUCUGUUCACAGAUCCACAGCAGGUGGACUUUUCAGAAGCAGUAGAAGACUGAAGAUAGAAGUUAUUCUUGGCUGUCCUCCUGACCAUGAAUGUUAUUGUACUUAUGAUGUGGAAGGCUGCCCUCCUUUCUGGCGAUGGGAAUAUUGGUAAACAGAAGAUGUUUAUCUUUUUUUGAUAGUGAUUAAAGUGUCCAAGCGUGAAUUCAAAAUUUGUAUUUUAUCAUCAAG